CACAGGAGAAUGGCUGCAGAAAAUCACUCUACAGUGACCAACUUCAUUCUCAGGGGAUUGACAAAUCAGCCAGAGCUCCAGCUCCCCCUUUUCUUCCUCUUCCUUGGGAUCUACUUGGUCACCAUGAUAGGGAACCUGAUUUGUCUGAAUCCUCAGCUUCACACCCCCAUGUACUACUUCCUCAGCAAUCUGUCACUUGUGGAUCUCUGCUACUCCUCUGUCAUUACCCCGAAAAUGUUGGUGAAUUUUGUGUCAGAGAAGAAAACCAUCUCCUAUGCAGGGUGCAUGUCACAGCUCUACUUCUUCCUUGUGUUUGUCAUUGCCGAGUGUUACAUGCUGACAGUGAUGGCCUAUGACUGCUAUGUCGCCAUCUGCAGCCCUUUGCUCUACAAUGUCAUCAUGUGUCAUCAAGUCGGCUCCCUGCUGGUGGCUGUGGUCUAUGCCAUGGGGCUCAUUGGCUCAAAAAUAGAGACUGGCCUCAUGUUAAAACUGUCCUAUUGUGAGCUCUUCAUCAGUCAUUACUUCUGUGACAUCCUCCCUCUCAUGAAGCUUUCCUGCUCUAGCACCUAUGAUAUUGAAAUGACAGUCUUCUUUUUGGCUGGAUUCAACAUCAUAGUCACCAGUUUAACAGUCCUUGUUUCCUACGUCUUCAUCCUCUCGAGCAUCCUCCGCAUCCGCUCCACAGAGGGCAGGUCCAAAGCCUUCAGCACCUGCAGCUCCCACCUUGUGGCUGUGGGGAUGUUCCAUGGAUCUACCGCAUUCAUGUACUUAAAACCCUCCACGGCCAGUUCCCUGGCCCAGGAGAACAUGGCCUCCGUGUUCUACACCACAGUGAUCCCCAUGCUGAACCCCCUGAUCUACAGCUUGAGGAAUAAGGAGGUAAAGGCCACCAUGCAGAAAACACUGAGGAGAAAAGUGUUUUGA